AUGACUAUUCUGCGAAUACGUUCCAAAGCUGUUGCGCCACUCAGUAAUGCUAUAUUUAUAACGAAACAUUUUUCACAGCAGAGACUCGCAUCUUUACCGCUACGUUCGUUAAUUGGCCGGCGAUGGUAUGCUACAGAGUCAACUGCUACUGGAAUGCAAAUUGAUCCAGCGGAAUUGAAACGGCUUGAACGUCUUCGUAAUAUCGGCAUUAGCGCACAUAUUGAUUCCGGAAAGACGACCUUGACUGAACGCGUGCUCUACUAUACUGGACGAAUCAAAGCAAUUCAUGAAGUACGCGGUAAAGACGGUGAAGGAGCUAAAAUGGACAGUAUGGAUCUGGAACGUGAGCGCGGGAUUACCAUACAAUCGGCGGCUACAUAUUGUAAAUGGAAAUGGGGUGACAAAGGGGACUAUAAUAUCAAUAUAAUUGAUACGCCAGGACACGUUGAUUUCACGAUUGAGGUCGAGAGAGCGCUGAGGGUUCUUGAUGCUGCUAUACUGGUAUUAUGCGGAGUAUCUGGGGUCCAGAGUCAAACUAUUACAGUUGACCGGCAAAUGCGUAGAUAUAACGUACCACGCAUAUCAUUCAUUAACAAACUUGAUAGAGUCGGUGCAAAUCCUUUCCACGUAAUAGACCAAUUACGACAGAAAUUACGUAUAGCAGCUGCGCCAGUACAAAUACCCAUUGGCACGGAACAUGACUUUGAAGGAGUCGUCGAUUUGCUAAAAUGGAAAGCUAUCUAUAACGAAGGAAAUCGAGGCGAAACCGUUGUUGAAAAAGAUAUUCCUGAGCAUUUGAUUCCGUUAGCAACCGAGAAACGGCAAGAGUUGGUAGAAUCCUUAGCUGAUGUUGAUGAAGAAAUUGCCGAACUGUUCCUCGCUGAAGAAAAACCAACUUCAGAACAAUUGAUGGUCGCAAUACGACGCGCCACCAUAGCAAACAAAUUUACGCCUGUAUUCAUGGGUUCAGCAGUAAAAAAUGCAGGAGUACAAUGCGUUCUUGACGGAGUAUGCGCGUAUCUCCCAAACCCAUCAGAAGUAAGCAACACGGCACUCGACAUUCGAAAUAACGAAGUGCCAGUAGAUUUGCUUCCGUAUUCGAAAAGUCCAUUCGUUGGUCUUGCCUUUAAACUAGAAGAAGGAAAGUAUGGGCAGUUAACUUAUGUCCGCGUGUAUCAGGGAACAUUGAAGAGAGGAUCCUUCAUUGUCAAUACACGAACGACAAAGAGGGUUAAAGUUCCUCGUUUGGUGCGAAUGCACUCUAAUGAGAUGGAGGAUGUUGAUGAAGUGGGUUCAGGAGAAAUUUGUGCUCUAUUUGGAAUCGAAUGUGCUUCUGGGGAUACGUUUACUGAUGGAUCAAUUGCGUACGCCAUGACAUCAAUGUUUGUGCCGGAACCGGUGAUCUCCCUCUCUAUAGCCCCCAAAACUAAAGAAUCUGCCAACUUUUCCAAAGCGCUCAACCGUUUCCAAAGAGAGGACCCCACAUUUCGCGUAUCCAUUGAUUCCGAAAGCAAAGAAACGAUCAUCUCUGGUAUGGGUGAGCUUCACCUUGAUAUCUACGUCGAACGCAUGAGGCGAGAAUAUAACAUCGACUGCGUAACUGGAAAACCUCAAGUUGCAUUCCGUGAAACUAUAACUAAGCCGGCUAAGUUCGAGUAUACACACAAGAAGCAGACAGGAGGUGCUGGUCAAUAUGGCAAAGUUGUUGGACGUAUAGAACCAUUACCCAAACCGGCAGAGGGGGAGGAACCGUUACCUGACUUUGAAAGUCGAGUCGUCGGAGGAAACAUACCUGCUCAGUACAUUCCCGCUGUUGAGAAGGGCUUUAGAGACGGAUUAGAUAAAGGAACCCUAAUAGGCCAUCCGAUGACUGGCAUACGCUACAUUCUUGAAGAUGGAACCCAUCAUCCAGUUGACUCUUCCGAACUUGCGUUCAGACUUGCUGGAUUUUAUGCGUUCCGAGAGGCAUUCGAAAAGGCCAGGCCGACUAUUCUUGAACCGGUUAUGAAUGUACAAGUGACAUCUCCGAUUGAAUUCCAAGGAGCUGUAAUCGGUAGCUUGAACAAACGAAAGGGCACUAUUUUGGAUACUGAAAUCCAUGAGGAUUAUUUUAUUGUUAAUGCUGAUGUUACAUUGAACAACAUGUUUGGAUAUGCUUCUGAAUUACGAGGAGCAACGGAGGGUAAAGGCGAAUUCACGAUGGAGUAUAAAACCCAUCUGCCUGUGACAUCAGAUCUUCAGACAGAAUUGGUUGCUGAAUACAGAAAAAAGAAGGCAGGAGAGAAGUCAUAA